CUAUGGUCUAAGGUUCUUUUAUUCAAAAAUUUCUAUGAGGUCGUGUUAUGUUAAUGGAUUCUGCAAUGGAGGUGGACGAAGAAGAAAUUGAAGUCCCGUCGUCUAGCACUUCGAAAGCCGACAAGAAAAGGUUUGAAGUGAAAAAGUGGAAUGCCGUGGCAUUGUGGGCUUGGGACAUUGUGGUGGACAACUGUGCCAUCUGCAGGAACCACAUAAUGGACCUUUGCAUCGAGUGUCAGGCCAACCAGGCCUCGGCGACCAGCGAGGAGUGCACGGUUGCCUGGGGGGUCUGCAACCAUGCGUUCCACUUCCACUGCAUAUCUCGCUGGCUGAAGACCCGGCAGGUGUGUCCGUUGGACAACCGUGAGUGGGAGUUCCAGAAGUAUGGCCAUUGAAAAUGAGAAGCAUUUGAAGAUAUUGGUUGGUUGCGCAGUUACAAGUUUCUCCUAUCUGGAGAGUGCAAACAAAUCUACAGUGACAAUGAUAUUUACUCACAUUAAAUAAAAAUUGAACAUUUAUCUUACGAGCUAAUUUUAUUUAAAUUGGUGGUUGUCUCUGAGUAAAAGUUAUGAGUUUUUUUAUUUAGAUAAUCAGAAACUCAUUGAACUAACCUAAAUUUCGGAAAAUAAAUGUUGGAUACACUGCUCUUUAAAGGCAUUAAAACACAUUUAUGUGUCAUCUGUUAUAUAAAGAGUAUGUGUGUGAUGUGAAUUUGGAGUGUGUCGUUGCAAUGAAGGAAGAAUAAUUAGUUUUGUAUGCAAGCACGAAAAUUAAAUUGAAUAGCACUGUGUGAGAGAUUUGAAAAUUUAAAACAUUUACUGUGUGCUGAAAGAAUAUUGCCUUAAUUUAAUUUUGAUGAUUUAUAUUUAUAUUCACAUUGUUUUACACAGUAAAAUAAAAUUGUUUACGUAUUUUUUAUUCAGUAUUGAUGUAAAUAGCAGUUCUAAUUAUUGGAGUUUAAAAUAAAAUCAACUAUGGUGCAACUAUAUAAAA